AUGAAUGAUCUAAAUGAUGUUAAGCAAACAAAUCGAUUUUUAGUAUCAUUUAUUGGCAAUUUAAUAAACAACUUUACACAAUCUCCGAAUAACUUUCGACAUACUGAAUCAAUUAAAGAUUUUGCCAUAUGCUUAUAUGUUCUCGGUGGCAAACAAGUCUAUGAAUUUAUUCGUUUAAAUCUUUAUGGUUCUAUUCCUAAUUUGACAACACUAGGUGAAUUAAUUAAAAAAUCAGAUACUGCUUUUAGUGAAGCAGAAUUUUACUUUGGAUCUCUUCGGCAAUGUCAUUCCCAGUUUGGUUUUUGUUCUGAAAACAUCACAGAGAUCAUUCGUAAAGUUGAAUAUGACUCCAAAACAAAUUCCUUUCUCGGAUUUACAACACCAAUUGAUCAUAGUGUUUCAUUACCAAAAUUCUAUCAAGCUAAUACAUUUAAUGAUUUAAAAACAAUUUAUGAUACAAAUGAAAUAGCACCAUUGUAG